UGUCAAAUUAUUUAUCGGUGGUUUUUUUAAUUAACGUGGUAAUAAAAUAUCGUAGCAUUGAUAAAAGUUGUGUUGAGGUACUGUGCGCGAUAAUUGGUUAAAAUGGUUACUUUUGUUAACCUCAAAGAUUUUGAAGAAUUUUCCAACUACACCGCUUCUAUUGAUCCAAAAGGUCCGCCUGUUUUGAUGUACUUUAGCGGAUCGAAAAACGCCGAAGGUAGAAGCUGGUGUCCGGACUGCGUUGAAGCUGAACCGGUUGUCAAAGCAUUUUUAGAUGAAUUAAAAAGGAAUGUCAUCUUUGCUUAUGUUGAUGUUGGUGACAGGGAUUACUGGAAAGACAAAGCCUGUCCAUUCAGGACAGACAGUCGUACAAAGCUCUUGGUAAUUCCAACAAUAAUUAAAUGGAAAGGAGUGCAGCGACUUGAAGGAAGUCAGUGUACAAAGAGAGAUCUUUUGCAAAUGCUGUUUGAGGAAGAUGACUGA